GUCGAAUCAACAUAAUGCACGUUGAAGCCGUAGUGGCCAUUUGGCAAUCCUCCUUCACCUCUCCGUAGCUUCUCUUUCUUGUACCAUGGACUCUACCAGCCUCCAGCGUGUGUUUCGCCGCGACGCCUGUGCUGGCCGCGUCGCUCUCGUAACUGGCGGUGGCUCCGGCAUCGGCCAGGAGAUUGCUAUUAAGCUCGCUGAGUACGGAGCCAAGGUCGCUGUUUUUGGUCGUCGAGAGGUUGCACUGCAGAGCACCAUGAGCCUCAUGCGCGAGCACGGCGUGCCCGAGAGUUCAUGCAUGUUUGUGCAGGGCGAUGUCCGCUCUGCUGAGAGUGCAGAAAACGCGGUGGCGCAAGUGGUGGCUCGUUUCGGCAAGCUUGACGUUCUGGUGAACUCGGCAGCAGGCAACUUCUUGGCGCUAGCCGAGAAACUAUCGACCAACGCCUUCCGCACGGUCAUGGAGAUCGACGCCAUCGGUACUUUCAACAUGAGUCGCGCGGCCUUCAAACCGCUGAAGAAGAGCGGGGACGGACGCAUCAUAAACAUCACGGCCACGCUACAACUUCCAGCUACGUGGUACCAGGUGCACGCGUCGGCUGCCAAGGCGGCGGUGGACAGCAUCACUCGCUCGCUUGCGCUGGAGUGGGGACAGUUCGGGAUUCGAGUGACUGGCGUGGCUCCUGGGCCUAUUGCCGACACGACGGGCACCGCCAAGCUUGGAGGAGAUGUGGACCCUGAAGAGAGGAAGAAGUACAUGGCGAGUACGAUUCCAGUUGGUCGUGUUGGAGCCAAGACGGACAUUGCGGCGGCAGUGUUGUACUUGGUGUCGCCCGUGGGCAGCUUUGUAUCGGGUGACGUGUUGAUUGUGGAUGGAGGACAUUACCUCUACAAGAAGCCUGUGAUGCCCCGUGAAACGCUCGAGAGUUGGUCCAAGAAGAUGGAGAAGAAGUCGCGCGUCACGGCGGACUCCAAGUUGUAAGCAGAGCAAAAGUAGGACAGCUAAAGCCUAAUUCAGACCAGCUUUGUUGUUUGUUUUCUCCUGCUGAGAUA